AGGAUGUCCAUGCAUAGUCUGAUGGUGAUUUUAGGGUUGAAAUUUGAUGAAAAGGAGAGAGAAGAGGCAUUUUCUCAAGUGAUUGCUGCAGAGCUGGUAAAAUGAAGGCAAUACUGACCUUGGGUUUGAUACUAUGUUCCAUUGGUUUGAUAUGGACUGAACAGGCUCUCAAGCCUCGGGGUCCUAGACCUGAAGUAGUCGAAAACCAAAUGAAAUCCAGACACCAUUCGGUGUCGUCAAGCCCACUUUGUACUGAUGAAGAAUGGGGCCCUAAAUGUCCAUCUGGGUGCAGAAUUCUUGGAUCAAUCGAGUCUUGGAGUCGCAAAAAUAACGACAGAAUUGAAAAGUUUCAACAGUACAAGAACGAGUAUUCCAGAACAUUUUGGGAUACUCAGGUAACUGUGAUCGAAACUACCAACAGAAUGAAAAAGAUUGUGGAGCAAAUUGGAAAAAUUGAGGACAGCUGUCAAGAAGAGAUGAAUCCUCUGAAUUACAAACUUAUCGACUUGCAGAAAAAAGUUGAUGACCACAUUGCCAGAGAAAACAUACUAAAAAACAAUAUAAUAGAACAAUACAAAGAAAUCUCAAGGUUGGAGGUGGAUAUUGAUAUCAAGCUACGAGCUUGCAAAGGAUCUUGUGCAAAAUCAUUUGCUUACAUCAUUGAUAAAAAUCUGAAUGAGGAAAUGGAGAAAAAUAUUACGUCAAUAACUUCCGACAGCAUGGAGAAUAAUCUGUCUGAGAAGCUAACUGCGUCACUUAAAACUGGGAAUACUAAGGAUUGUGCAAUUGACAGCAAAUAUAAAUCUUUUGAAACUAAAUAUGUGCCAGAAACAACAUUGUAUCCUAAUGUUUGGGAAGGAGCAGAUGUUAGGACGCUCAUCCUAGAAGAAAAUAUAAAAGAUCCAAGUGUUAGCAAAACUCAUCUGACCAGUAGUAGCAUUAGCACUGGAAGCAGUCAUAAAGUAGUCAGUGAAUUUUCACAUCCAGAUCAAAACAUUUUCCAUUCAGAUCGGUCAGUGACCACCAAAACAACUGUUUCAAAACAAGGUGAAGUUACUAAAACAGUCACAACAGAGGUUGAUUCUGGUUCUUUUCCUCUUUCAAUAGAUGAGCUAAUGGCGAAAUAUGGAUUAGAUGGUAGGACUAAGGGUUCGACUGCCACUUUAACUGAGACACGCACAUCUUCACAUCAUGUAGAUGAUGGUUUAGGAAGCUUACUAAAUUCUGGAGUUAAAUCAACUGCGUCUAAGACUGUAGUUCACACAAAAACAUACAUAUCUUCUGAUGAGAUAGGUGAUUUUCAAAACGUAGGAGACUUUACCACUGAUUUUUCUACUUUUCGUCAUGAAGAUCAUUUGGGCCCACUAGAUGGGGCUAGUGGUUCAAGCAAAACAAUUAGUUAUGCAUCAAGAAGUCAACACUCAUCCAGUGUUGGUGGUACUAAGGGAUUCAAAGCAACUGAAGAUUCAAAUCAUGAUGUUGCCCGUCUAUCUGAAGAUGAAACUGGAGGAAGUGAUCCAGGUAUUAAAACGUUUUAGAAGGAAACAAUAAUUAAAUGAAAACAACACUUAGAAAAGCAAAUCAACAGGGAAUGGAGACCAUCUUUAACCUGACUCCCAGCUCUUAUCAAUGAUUUUAUUAACGAUCUUCUCAAUUCAUGUAUUGCUUAAAGAAAGAAUGAUCACCUUUUGAAGAUCAAUAAAGACAUUUUAAAGCAAACAUGAGGCUUUUUUUGGUAUUUUCAAAAGAAAUGGUGGCAGUAUUGAUCAAAGACACUGUUAAGUACAGAAAAGGGAUGAUAUGCUUGAUUGAUUGAAUAAAUAGUCGAAUAAAUUUGCUAUACUUUUUGGAAAGAAUGUGGGAAUGGCACUAAUUGGAUAAUUCUUUCAAAAGAGCUGAAAAGACAUAAUGAGCUAAUUUGUCUCCUGUACUUUAUCAUUCUAUGACUCUAUUUUGCACUCUAAGUUGCUGAAACAAACAAAAUUAAAAAUGAUCAAUGUUAAACCAUGAUGUAAAUAAUGUGAGCACAUUUGAAAUUCUGCUAGGUAAUAUAUUAGAAAAAUACUUCUUAAUCUUGACCUAAAGUCGAUUUGCCAUUCCUCCUCUGUACCGAUUGACCCUUGGAAAGUCAAUUUUCUUUCAGAACUAUUCCGUGCCCAUUCUCCACAAUCAGUAGAUCUGUCUCUAAAGUCUUGCAUCCAUCAAUUGUCUACUUCUGAUCACACAUCAUCACAAGAUGAAUCAUUUGAAUAUUUGUUGAAUUAAUCUUGCAUUAAAGGUGAAAUAUGCUGUACUCCUACUGGAUUGAGACAACCAGUAGAGAGUCAUCCACACCUCAAGCAUGGGAGAGGUGAAGAGGAAGAAUCUAUCACAGUAAUUGUGGGAAUUGAACCGUAUCACAGACCAGUCAUCCAGCCAACAGAACCAAACAAACCCCUGUCCUUGUAUAAUGAGACUGUGCAAUAUGUGCAGUUGGAGACUGAAACGAGUCCUUAAUUUGACUUAGAGUGAAUAUUGGAAUGUAGGAAUGUCUUUGGAGUCUAUCAUUAACAGGAAAGGAAUAUUGAGGAAGCGCUUACAUUAGGAUUCCCCUUGAAAUAGAGAAUAACAAAAUAGGAUUGAUGCUUGAAAUGGGAUAGAAAUACACAGAAGCUCUAAUAUGGAAGCAGAUCUUUACGCCCAUAAUUUUGGGAGCAUAAUCUGUUAAUUGUAGUCUCAUUAGGCCAGAGAGCCUGACCUGAUCAUUUGUUUUUGUUCUUUUUCACAAUAUGGUGUUACUACACUUGUAAAUUUGUAACUGCAUCUUGUUUGUUCAGUUCUCUGUAAACCUUGUUACUAUUUUGUCAGUACGUGUCAAGCACCCUUCACGUGAUCCAACUGCCAAAUGGAUAUGUAUAAAAACUGGUGUGUAUAUUGUAACCUUUUGCUCUUCCCAGACUGACAGUUAGGAUAUCAAUACCUUGCUGCCAGUAAUGUUAGUAGAAAUAUUAGACCUAUAUGAUCUAAGUGAGUAAUUAUAUGUGUAGUAAAUAAAAAUGCAGAAGAUAUUAAACUGAUCUCCCACAA